AUGGAGAAGAGCAAAGAUUUCAGCUACCAUGGCCUCACGGCAUGGACAAGGUGGAGAUCACUUGAGGAUUGUGAAGUUGACGGUGCAGGGCAGUCUGAAUUUGUUGAAAAGAUAGGGGAACGGGAGUUGGAUGGGGAGUCUGUGGUGGGAUUAUUAUUAGGAGCAGGGACUAAGGCGGCACAGAGUGAUGUGGACCUACACAAGAAACAACAUGAGAGUGAACUGGAAAACAUAUCAAAGGGGAAAAAGGAGAGGGAGCUUGGACGGAAGCAGUGCAAUGAUUUGGAUAAGCAAGCAGACUUAGAAGAUAAGCGUGAUGAGCUGGAAGACUCACUCACGACAGUAGCAUUAGAGGUAGGAAGGCAAGUGACAGCAGGAGACCUAGAGCCGUGUGUAGCAACAUCAGUCUGUGAUGUAGAGGAAACGUGUGCUGAGUAA